GGAGCGCAGCGGGCGCGGAGCGCGGGGGCCGCGGCGGCGGCGGCGGCGGCGGCGGCGGAGCGCAGAAAGGGGGGGGGGGCGCGCAGCGAGCAGCGCGCAGCGGGCAGGCAGCGCUAUGCCUCUCAGCCCGAGCCGGGCGGGCGUGCCGAGCGCCUAGUGCGGGGCAAGUCGAGGCGGGGUUAAAGUUCGGCUCAUGGAGCGGCUCCGCGCCGGCUGCAGUUUGGCAGAGUUGGAAAUGUGAAAGCAAGAAGCAGGCUCGGGGCUCCCCCUCCUCUCUCCUCUUCUCUCUCUCUCUCUCUCUCUCUCUCCCUCUUCUUUUUUUUUUUUUUUCUUUUUUUUUUUUUUUCCCCUCUCUCUCUCUCCCUCUGUCCCCCCCCUCCCCCCUCCGCCCCCCUCCCCUCCUCUCCCCCUCUGUCUCCCUGUGUCCCCGCACACGCACACCUCCAGCCCGCAGCCCCCCGCAGCAGACAUGUAUUCUCCGCUCUGUCUCACCCAGGAUGAAUUUCAUCCCUUCAUCGAAGCACUUCUGCCUCACGUCCGAGCGUUUGCGUACACGUGGUUCAACCUGCAAGCCCGAAAAAGAAAAUACUUCAAAAAACAUGAGAAACGCAUGUCAAAAGAGGAAGAGAGAGCCGUGAAGGACGAACUGCUAAGUGAAAAACCCGAGGUAAAGCAAAAAUGGGCAUCCAGACUUCUGGCAAAGCUUCGGAAAGAUAUCAGGCCUGAAUUUCGGGAGGAUUUUGUUCUCACAGUCACAGGAAAAAAGCCUCCGUGUUGCGUCCUUUCCAAUCCAGACCAGAAGGGCAAGAUGAGAAGAAUUGACUGCCUUCGCCAGGCAGAUAAGGUCUGGAGGUUGGACCUCGUUAUGGUGAUUUUAUUUAAAGGUAUUCCGCUCGAAAGUACUGAUGGCGAGCGCCUUGUAAAGUCCCCACAGUGCUCUAACCCUGGGCUGUGCGUACAGCCCCACCAUAUAGGAGUUUCUGUUAAGGAACUCGAUUUAUAUUUGGCAUACUUUGUGCACGCAGCAGAUUCAAGUCAAUCUGAAAGUCCCAGCCAGCCAAGUGAAGCUGAUAUUAAGGACCAGCCAGAAAAUGGACAUUUGGGCUUCCAGGACAGUUUUGUCACAUCAGGUGUUUUCAGUGUGACUGAGCUAGUAAGAGUCUCACAAACACCAAUAGCUGCAGGAACAGGCCCUAAUUUCUCCCUCUCAGAUUUGGAAAGUUCUUCAUACUACAGCAUGAGCCCAGGAGCAAUGAGGAGGUCUUUACCUAGCACAUCCUCUACCAGCUCUACAAAACGUCUCAAAUCUGUGGAGGAUGAAAUGGACAGUCCUGGUGAGGAGCCGUUUUAUACAAGCCAAGGGCGCUCUCCAGGAAGUGGCAGCCAGUCAAGUGGAUGGCAUGAAGUGGAGCCAGGAAGAGGAAACUCACUGGUCAAACCCUUGGACACCAGAAUAGUUGCAUGCAGUUUCCCAGGGAGCCAGAUAGCUCUAAAGCUUCCCAGAUAUCUAAGAAACCCCGAACACCGCGGAGCACUACAUGGAAUGCCAUCGCCAACUACAUUAAAGAAGUCAGAGAAGUCUGGUUUCAGCAGUCCCUCGCCUUCGCAGACCUCCUCCCUUGGAACGGCUUUCACACAGCACCAUCGACCUGUCAUUACAGGACCCAGAGCAAGUCCACAUGCAACACCAUCGACUCUUCAUUUUCCAACAUCACCCAUUAUUCAACAGCCUGGGCCAUACUUCUCACACCCAGCAAUCCGCUAUCAUCCUCAGGAGACUCUGAAAGAGUUUGUCCAACUUGUCUGCCCCGACGCUGGUCAGCAGGCUGGACAGGUGGGGUUCCUAAAUCCCAAUGGUAGCAGCCAAGGCAAGGUGCACAAUCCAUUCCUUCCUACCCCAAUGUUGCCACCACCACCUCCGCCACCAAUGGCUAGGCCUGUGCCUCUGCCAGUGCCAGACACAAAACCUCCAACUACAUCAACAGAAGGAGGGGCCACCUCUCCCACUUCUCCAACCUACUCGACACCCAGCACCUCCCCCGCAAACCGAUUCGUCAGUGUUGGACCACGGGAUCCAAGCUUUGUAAAUAUCCCUCAACAGACUCAGUCCUGGUACCUGGGAUAAAAGUCUCCGCUUCCCACCACCCACCGGACAGACCACCUGACCCCUUCCCACCUCUGUAACACGAAGCAGCAGCAACGCAGCGCAGCGACUUCACAUCGGCGGAAGGGGAGGCGAGCAGACACCGACAGCAAACUCGUACAUGGAAAUGGCAAACGUUAUGGUUGAAUGGCAAAGGCCGUAACUUUUUCGAGAUUUUUUUUUUUUUUAGACAACUUUAGGACUGUUGUAAUUUCUCCUAUGGUGCUGGAAAUGGUUGGGCUUCAUAACUUUUGAAGUGUUUCAUUGGUAGUGUAAGCAUUAGGUGACACUGAGUAGAACUAGCCUCUGCUGCUGCUUACCAACUCGCUGUUGUAACACACUUUCCAUAUGGAGCCUAACUGUUUUACAGUAUCCUCAUCGAUUUUUUCCCAUACAGGUGUGAGACUUCUUGAGAAAUCAUGAAACACACUUAAACUAUAACUUUUGUAGUAGCUGAAUUCUGCAAUAUAUAACUUACCGGACAGACAUAGAGCAUGUUUUUCUGUAACAUAUCGGAAAAAAAAUGCAGGUUUUUUUUGUUGUUCUUUUUUUUUUUUUUUACAGUCGGCACUUAGAUACGUAACAUGAACCAUAAGAGCAUUGUCAACAAUUUUUUUCCACUCGAUUGCAGAGCGAUUUAAAACAUCGAACUACUACUAUUCACUAAAAAAAAAAAAGAAAAAAAAGAAAAAAAAGUUUGAAAUGCUGCACUUACAUUAAAAAAAACAUUUUUCAACAAUUUUCAACAAUUACACAAAAAUUCACGCAGAAAUGGGGAAGUUGGUCUGUUUUGACAGAAACUGACAGGAAUCAAUCAAAACAAUCGAAUUUUGAAUUGAGUAAAGUGCAAUUUCAUUGGAUAGCUAAAUAUCUUUGUAAGAUAGAGAUUGUUGAAAAUUCUAUUUUUGUUUUCCAAGUCCUUCCACCCCAGGACUCUAAAUUAUUGGGGUAAAAAACAGCCUUGCAAGAAAAAGGGGAGCUAUUUUUGCUUUUUAUGUUUUUUAUUGUUGAACUUGUAUCCCUUUAAAACUGAAGGAAAAUUAAAAAAAAAAAAAAAAACAAAUCUAAUGGUGCUUUUACCACAAUAUGUUAACUACAUUAAAUGCUAAUUAAUCAUUUUCUGUUAUCAAAGCACAUAACUAAAAUUAAAUCAUAAUAUCUGUUAAUUUUAUAAGCUAAAAGUCACUAUAAUGGAUUAUGCCAAUUCUGACAAAUUUUACGUGUUUCCGGCAAUAUAGGGUUUAUCAGUUCUCAAACACCUUGGGAAUAAUAUAGAACGGUCCAGAAAUUAAAACACCUUUGUGUCCCUGAACUGGUACAUUUUCUGGACUGCGAAGAAAACAAUACAGAAACAAAUGCUGUUAUUACAACUUAUGCCAGUUCAAAGCAAGGGCACUUGCUGAAGAAGAAAAAAAAAAAAAAAAAAGUUUGGACCCCAAACGUCCUGUAUCUUAUGUACAAAAAAAAGGAAAAAAAAAGAAAAAAAAAAGAGUGCAAGUGAUUUUUUCUAUCAGACAGCGGAGCACCCCUUUGCUUCACAUGCAACUUUAAGAAGGUUUCCUAUACUAUACAUAUAUAUACGUUCUGGUUGGCAAGUCCAGCUAAUCAGAGAAAGUCUCUGCAUGUUCUAGUGUUAGUAACUAAUUUUUAUAUAGUUAAUGUAGGGUAAAGUAGAGUGCAUUAAGACACAAUAUUGUAAUCCCUAUUCCAGGCACUUGCCUUUAAACUAUGUUUGUUCGACCCUUCAGAAGGGUUUCUACUACUGUCCUAUACAAUCAAGUAACUGAAAUUCUUGGGAAGACACUUUGCUCCUCAUCUUUUCCCUGAAACAAUGUUUUGUUUUGUUUUCUUAAUUUGCACGAAACAAAAAAAAAAUUCCAUAUCAAUGUGCCUUGCCCUGGAUAGCGAUUAUUUGUGGAAUUGUUGCACAUGUUCCUAUAUUGAAAGGGGUUUUUCCCUAGUCAAGCAUUUGGAGACACUUUUUGUAAAUGUGACUUUUAUGUCAGCCAUUGUCAGUUUCAACAUCUAGAAUUAAAUAGGAUGUUAGUUGUUCCGCAGAUAGGAGUAGUGUUUAUUGUCCUGUAUGGUCAGUGGCAGUGCUAUUCUGAGAUCUGUAGAUGCUAGAUUAUCAGUAUUUUUGGAUGUUGCUGCAUUUUACAUUUUAUUUGGAGUCUUCCUUUUGUUUUGUUUUUUUUCCCAGAUAUAUGAAAAUAUGCAAUACCUGCUUAUAUCAUGUAGAAAAGCUUAGCAAUUAUUAAUUUUUCUUUUAAUUUUUUUUUAUUUGACCAAAGUUGGUGCUGCACUUGACGCAGUGUGUUUUAGGUGUUUGUCUUUGUACUUUUGUGAUUUUGAAUGCACAUGCAGGAAGGGCUCUUCUUAGAGAAGCAGUCAAACUGUGAAGCACUAAGCUGAACCCUGCUUCAAGCAAUUUUUGUUUUACAACUGUUCCUUUCACAAGCAAGCCUUAAAAAAAAAAAAAAAACUUCCUUUUUCUUCAGAUCCCACACCCAUUUUUAUUAGCAGACUGCAAUCAAUCCACAUUCAAUAAAAGUAUAUAAUGCCCAUUUUUAUAUGCACGUUUUUAAACUUCCAAGUUCUGAAAAUUGUUUACUGGUUAUUCUCUAUUUAAGGAAAAAAUAAAAUGUUUUGGAUUUUCAUAUGUGUCUGAUAAGUGGUUGAGUAGUCAUUUUGCUCUAUUGUAUUGUGUGAUUGUUAGUAUAUGGUAUCACAUCCUCUAGCCAGCAUCCUUUGCCUUCCCUAUAGCACUUAGCUGGGCAUUACUUUAUUAAGACAUAUGUGCACUAAAAAAAAAUAGCAGCUUUCAGUGCUUCACAGUGAAGGGAAAAAAGCCUAGACA